CUAGACAACUACGUAUUACAUAGGGUCUCUCUGUUUCAUUACGCGUCCGCGAGCCUAGUACCGAAAGCUAAGGAAGCAGAAUACCACACAAGCAGCAACGUUUCAGUAGAGGUACUCCGCCUAGACCGGCAGCCGUUUGUCCCAGAUGAAAUCGAGAGUAGCAAGACUAGUGAUUAUAUUCCGGAAGAUAUCGACGGUGUAUUUCCAACCGCUUCAGUAUCAACUGGAGACCGAUGUUUUCCCGAUCGAUGGAUGCCCGACGAAAUAUCGCCCUCAUCAUCCUCCAUGAGAGAAGGUUCUUCAGUUGGAGAUGAAUUGUGGUGCAACAACCAUGCCAAGGCUGAGAGAAGCAAGUCAACUAAUAAUCUGCCGGGAGAUAGCGACUCUGCAACUUCAUCAACACACAUUUCAACUGGACAUCCGUGUCCCUCUGAUAGAUGGACACCGAAAAAGAUAUCGCUUUCAUCCUCUUCCAUGGAAGGAAAUUACUCAGACGAAGAUGAAUUGUGGUACAACAACCAUGCCAUGGCUGGAAUGGAGGACCUGACUGCAUUAGACGCAGCUGAGGUCCAGCUGCCAUACGGCGAGGUCCUUAACAGUUUGCAACUGGUGAAGUCCGGCAUAAAUUUCAGGGCCCUAGUUGAGGCCUGGGAGAAGAAUGGGCUCCUUGGUAAUUCUUGUUUUCGCCUGCUUUCGUUGGCCUCUUAA